CCUUUUUUAGUUGAUCUCCCAGCGCCUCUCUCUUUCGUCUCUCUCUCUUUCUGCCUCACUUCAAGCCCUAAGGUACAGUUGUAGAAGGAGAGUGUGAAAAUGGUUGAGAAGACAAAGGGAAGGAAGGAGGAGGUGGUGACCAGAGAGUAUACCAUCAAUCUCCACAAGCGCCUCCAUGGCUGCACAUUCAAGAAGAAGGCUCCUAAUGCCAUAAAGGAGAUCAGGAAGUUUGCUCAGAAAGCAAUGGGGACAAAUGACGUUAGGGUGGAUGUGAAGCUGAACAAGCAGAUCUGGAGCAGAGGAAUCAGGAGCGUCCCAAGAAGGAUUAGGGUUCGCAUUGCUCGCAAGAGGAAUGAUGAUGAAGAUGCCAAGGAAGAGCUUUACUCGCUUGUUACCGUUGCAGAGAUCCCAGCUGAAGGACUGAGUGGGUUGGGCACCAAGGUCAUUGAAGAGGAUGAUUGAUCCAUUAAUGUGUGUUCUAAGUAAUCUAUUCAAUAGGCAGAAAAAAGAGUUUUAUAAGCUUUUUGGCAAAAACCUUGAGAGACUAAAGACUUGUUUCAGUAGUUUGGUGUAUUUUUGUUUGGCUAAAUAUUCAGCAUCAGUAAUGUACUUUUUGGUUUAAGUGAUUUGGUUUUCUGGUUACCUUUUAA